AUGGAGGAGACUGUGUUGUGCCAGUGGGGUGUGAUUCGAUCCAUACUGUCUAUUGUCCAGUGGUGGAGUUUCAAUGUCACUGUUAUCAUCAUGAACAAAUGGAUCUUUCAGAAACUGGAUUUCAAGUUUCCAUUGUCAGUCUCGUGUAUCCAUUUUAUUUCUUCUUCAAUCGGUGCAUACUUGGUUAUUAAAGUGCUAAAACUCAAGCCUCUUAUUCAUGUUGAUCCUGAAGAUCGAUGGAGGAGAAUUUUCCCCAUGUCAUUUAUAUUUUGUAUAAACAUUGUUCUGGGAAAUGUGAGCCUUCGGUAUAUUCCUGUUUCUUUCAUGCAAACCAUCAAGUCUUUCACCCCAGCAACAACAGUCAUCUUGCAGUGGCUAAUCUGGAAAAAAUAUUUCGACUGGCGUAUUUGGGCUUCUUUAAUUCCCAUUGUUGGAGGGAUUUUAGUCACCUCUAUCACAGAGCUUAGUUUUAACAUGUUUGGGUUUUGUGCUGCUUUAUUUGGCUGCCUUGCUACUUCCACAAAAACCAUUCUAGCAGAGUCUCUGUUACAUGGAUACAAAUUCGACAGUAUAAACACGGUAUACUACAUGGCACCGCUUGCGACUAUGAUCUUGGCUGUACCAGCUAUGCUACUCGAGGGUGCAGGGGUUAUGGUGUGGAUCCAAACGUGCCCUUCACUUAUUUCAUCCCUCAUCAUCAUAUUCGGGUCUGGGGUUUUGGCCUUUUGCCUCAACUUCUCUAUUUUCUACGUCAUUCACUCCACGACAGCUGUGACCUUCAACGUUGCGGGAAAUCUUAAGGUUGCAGUUGCCGUCACGUGUUCAUGGCUUAUUUUUCGAAACCCAAUUUCCAUAAUGAAUGCCAUUGGGUGUGGUAUAACACUCGUCGGGUGUACCUUUUAUGGAUACGUGAGGCACUUUUUGUCGAGCCAAGCCAUGGGAACCCCUCGGACUCCACGAACUCCUCAUACUCCACGAACCCCUCAUACUCCCCGAACUCCUCUUACGCCCCGGACCCCACGGGCCAAAAUGGAACUGAUUCCAUUAAUUAACGACAAACUAGAAGAUAAAGUAUGA